AUGGAGUUGCGGCUGCUGGAGACCGAGGGAACUGGUCGUCGUUUGGGUGCUGCGGCUGCUGGCGAUCGAGCGGCGGGUGCAGGCGGAGCUGCGUCUGGAGACCGAGCUUUGGCUGUUGGAGACCGAAUCGGCGGCGGCUGGCUGGAGACUGAGGUGGGGGGGCUGUUGUAUCCCACCGGCGCCGGAGGGGGGAUAUGGAUGGAGAGGGGGGGUAUGAACAGAGGGGGGGAGAGCAGAUUGGAACAGGAGGUCGGUGACGGAGGGCAGCGGGGAGCGGCGACGGGGGUCGGCACCGGGGACCGGAGGUCAGGGUCGGAGGUCGGGUCGGGUCGGCGUCGAAGGUCGGCGUCAGUGACGGGGGCCGGGGACCGGGACGAGAGAGAGAGAGAGAGAGGGUAG